AUGCUUCCCAUCAUCGCCUUAUUCUUUGCGUGCGUCGCCACCGCGGCGCCAUCGGUGUCCAAGCGAUCCAUCACUUGCCUCCAAGUUGGCGCCACGGCCACGGCACGGUGGACGAACAGCGCAGGCCAAUCUUGCACCUUUGUUAGUGUUGUCGGUAGCAACUAUGGCGCAAAUAGUGCCGGGUCGGGAGAUUACUCUUGCAAUGGACGCUGUGGAGCUGGGUGCACCGGAACAGCGCUGGGCAAUGCCUACACACAGGACUGCUUCUCUCACGACAUCUGCUCGUAUUUUAAUAAUGCAAGCGGCGGAGCCAGUGACCCAAAUUGCGGCGCGGCUUAUAGCGCAGCCGUCGAUGAUACGGCCUUGGGGUUUGCAAAUGGUUGCUCCAAGACGAACCCUAGCAACGCUGUUUCCAAGCCAACUACAGUACCUGUGUGUCAGUGA